AUGGUCUCAAAGUCCUAUUCAAACCUACUGGAGUUGGCCUCUGGAGAGGCUCCUUCAUUUGGUUACAUGAACAGGAGAAUUCCAAGAAUUAUGACUGUGGCUGGGUUGAUAUCAGAUGUUGAUGAUGACCCAGUGGAUAGUGUGUGCUCUGAUCCGUCAUCGUCGUCAGCGCACCGUGACCGAAUAAUCAUGGUGGCUAAUCAGCUUCCUAUAAGGGCUCAGAGGAGGCCAGAUGGAAAUAGGAGUUGUUGGUCUUUCGAGUGGGAUGAAAAUGCCCUUCUUCAGCUGAAAGACGGGUUAGGGGAUGAUGAUAUUGAGGUUAUUUAUGUUGGAUGUCUUAAGGAGGAGGUGCAUCCAAGUGAACAAGAUGAGGUUUCACAGACACUUCUUGAGACCUUCAAGUGUGUCCCAACUUUUCUCCCAGCUGACCAGUUUACUAAGUACUAUCACGGUUUUUGCAAGCAGCAGUUGUGGCCACUGUUUCAUUAUAUGUUGCCCUUGUCACCAGAACUUGGUGGGAGGUUUAAUAGGUCACUGUGGCAAGCUUAUGUGUCAGUCAAUAAAAUUUUUGCAGAUAGAAUUAUGGAAGUUAUUAACCCUGAAGAUGAUUAUGUGUGGAUACAUGAUUAUCAUCUGAUGGUGUUGCCAACUUUCUUGAGGAAGAGGUUCAACAGGGUGAAGUUGGGGUUCUUCCUUCACAGCCCAUUCCCUUCAUCAGAGAUAUAUAAAACAUUGCCUGUUAGGGAGGAGAUCUUGAGAGCCCUCCUUAAUUCAGAUUUGAUCGGCUUCCACACUUUUGAUUAUGCGCGCCAUUUCCUCUCCUGUUGUAGCAGGAUGCUCGGCCUUACCUACGAAUCAAAGCGUGGUUAUAUUGGGAUUGAGUACUAUGGUAGGACUGUUAGUAUCAAAAUUCUCCCUGUUGGUAUUCACAUGGGUCAGCUUCAAUCUGUUUUGAGGAUGCCUCAGACUGAAGAAAAAGUUUGUGAGCUCAUUAAACAGUUUUCUGAUAAAGGAAGGACAUUGUUGCUUGGGGUGGAUGACAUGGAUAUUUUCAAGGGAAUAAGUCUGAAGCUAUUGGCCAUGGAGCAACUUCUCAUUCAGCACCCUGAGUAUCGGGAAAAGGUAGUGCUAGUUCAGAUAGCUAAUCCUGCCAGGGGUCGGGGGAAGGAUGUGAAAGAAGUGCAAGCUGAGACAAAGGCCACGGUGAAACGGAUUAAUGAAACAUUUGGGAAAUCCGGGUAUGAUCCUGUCAUUCUGAUCGAGGAGCCUCUCAAGUUUUAUGAGAGAGUUGCUUACUAUGUUGUUGCAGAGUGUUGUUUAGUCACCGCAGUUAGGGAUGGAAUGAAUCUCAUACCGUAUGAAUAUAUCAUCAGUCGACAAGGAAAUGAAAUGUUGGAUAAAGUUUUGGGUCUAGCUUCUUCUCCUAAGAAAAAAAGCAUGUUAGUUGUGUCUGAAUUCAUUGGCUGUUCCCCAUCUUUAAGUGGAGCAAUCAGAGUGAACCCGUGGAAUAUUGAUGCCGUAGCCGAUGCAAUGGACUCUGCACUGGAAAUGGCUGAUUCAGAGAAAGAGCUUAGGCAUGAAAAACAUUAUAGAUAUGUUAGUACUCAUGAUGUUGGGUACUGGGCUCGAAGCUUCUUGCAAGAUUUGGAAAGGACUUGUAGUGAUCACGUGCGGCGAAGGUGGUGGGGGAUUGGAUUUGGAUUAAGCUUCAGAGUUGUUGCACUUGAUCCUAACUUCAAGAAGCUCUCAAUGGAGCACAUAGUUUCAGCAUACAAGCGGACAACAACUAGGGCAAUCCUUCUUGACUAUGAUGGUACACUAAUGCCUCAAUCAUCCACAAUUGAUAAGAGUCCAAGCAGUAAAUCCAUUGAAAUUCUUAGUAGUUUGUGUAGAGAUAAGAACAACAUAGUUUUCCUUGUUAGUGCUAGAAGCCGGAAGAUGCUUUCUGAAUGGUUUUCUCCUUGUGAGAACCUGGGAGUUGCAGCUGAGCAUGGUUACUUUCAAAGAAUGAAGCGAGAUGAAGAGUGGGAAACGCAUGUUGCCGCAACAGACUGUAGUUGGAAGCAAAUUGCAGAACCUGUAAUGAAACUUUAUACUGAAACGACCGAUGGAUCCACCAUUGAAGACAAGGAGACUGCACUUGUUUGGUGCUAUGAGGAUGCAGAUCCAGACUUUGGAUCAUGCCAAGCUAAGGAACUUCUUGAUCACCUUGAGAGUGUGCUUGCAAAUGAACCAGUAACAGUCAAGAGUGGCCAGAACAAUGUAGAGGUUAAACCACAGGGUGUGAACAAGGGACUAGUGGCCAAACGCCUACUUUCUGCCAUGCAAGAAAAGGGAAUGUACCCUGAUUUUGUUUUGUGCAUAGGAGAUGACAGUUCUGAUGAAGACAUGUUUGAGGUGAUCACCAGCUCAAUGGGCGGGCCAAUCGCCCCACGGGCCGAAGUAUUCGCCUGCACCGUUUGUCGAAAACCCAGUAAGGCUAAGUACUAUCUGGAUGAUACAACUGAAAUAGUGAGAUUGCUCCAGGGCUUAGCCUGUGUUUCAGAGCAAAUAGUUUGUUAA